AUGUUCUUCAAGGGUCUUUUGCUCCUUGCUGGAGCCCAGUCCGCUUUUGCUACUUGUAAAUGUACCCCAACUGACGAAUGUUGGCCUUCUUUUUCUAAAUGGAAUGCCCUUAAUAUAUCCGUUGAUGGUCAACUUAUAGCCAAUCAGCCCAUUGCUCAACCAUGUUAUCCCGGCCCGGGCCAGGAUGCAGCGCUAUGUCAAGAUAUCAGCCAGGAAUGGACGAGUUCAAAGUUCCAAGAGGCCCAACCAGUCGGCUAUACCUAUCCAGUUGCUGUGACCUGUCCUCCGAUCAAUGCCUCGAUCGCCGCUUACCCUCUCUGUCAACUGGGUGCCGUUCCAGUACACACUAUCAAUGCAACCAAAACAAGUGAUGUCUCAACUGGCAUCAAAUUCGCCAAAGAGAAUAAUUUGCGGCUAGUGAUUAAAAACACAGGCCACGAUAUCGUCCAAAGAUCUCAAGGAUAUGGCAGCCUGAUGAUUUGGAUCAAAUACAUCCAGGACGGGCUAUCUUACCAAGCCCGUUAUACUCCGUCAAACCAUUCUUGUCCAGCAAAUUGGACUGGAGGUGCCAUCACUGUCGGUGGUGGAUACAUUUGGGGAGACGUAUAUGACUUUGCAGCCAAGCACAACUCUAUCGCUGUUGGAGGUGAUGAUAGCACUGUUGGGGUUAUUGGAGGAUAUAUCCAGGGCGCCGGUCAUGGCCCGACUAGCCACGCCUUUGGAUUGGCGACCGAUCAGGUCCUCGAAUACGUAGUCGUCUUGGCCUCAGGAAAGGUUGUGAAAACAAGCCCAUGCCAAUACCCCGACUUAUUCACUGCCCUGCGUGGAGGAGGUGGUGGUACAUACGGCGUUGUCGUAUCCGCUACAAUCAAAGCACAUCCUACGCGUCCAGUCCUCGCGCAUACUUUACUCAUGACUCCAACGAAGGGCAACUUGAGCGAUCUCGUGAAUGCCACAGGCAAUGUUUUAUCGAAAUAUCCUAUUCUUUCGGACCAAGGAUUCGGAGGUAUCGGGGAGUUGCUCAAUAUGAAAGGGAAAACCCUCUACGCACACACCUUCAUCAUGCUCCUCGACAACAACUCUUCCAGCACCAUUGAGAGCACUAAGGAGUUUGUGAACAAGCACCUCGUGAAUGAUCUGCUUCCGUACAACGAGACAGCCCUUUACGUCUCCUCCUCCUUCAGUCAUUACCCGACGUUCCAAGGAUACUUCGGCUCUAAAAGUCACGCAGCCCAGGCUGGAGAUAACCUCCUUAUGAUCUCUCGAUUCUUCGACAAGAAGUCACUUGUCUCCCAGCAGGAAAGCUUAUCUAAUAUGCUUUCCACUCUGUUUAUCGAGACAGGCCCAGGGGCCCGUCCCUCUGGAUCUGGACUGUCGCUGUCUCUCGAUGGUGGUGGACGAGUCCUUCACCGGGAACCUUUCACAUCCGUCAACCCAGCAUGGCGCAAGACCUAUGCUCUCUUGACGCAUGUCGAUCUCUAUCCUCUCAAUGCAGGCUCGCAAGGAGUCCAGGAAGUCAAGGACAAGGCUACCUACAAAAAGCUAAAGGCAAUGGAGGAUCUGACCCCCGGCAUGGGAACGUAUCUGAAUGAAGCUGAUGGAUUUGAUCCCCAAUGGAAGGAGAAUUGGUUUGGAGAGAACUACAAUUGGCUCAAGUCUGUGAAGCACAAGUAUGACCCUGAAGGCGUGUUUUGGUGCUGGCGAUGUGUUGGAAAUGAGGGAUGGGAAGAAGUGAAGGGUGGUGCGACCUACGGACCCCUGUGUACCACUGACUAG